AUGCUACAAGAACUUGUAUUGUUGAACAUCUCUUCCAACUCUCUGAAUGGAUCGAUUCCGGCGGCCUUCGGUGAUCUGAAAAUUUUUGUGCUACUUGAUCUGGGUGUCAACCAGCUAUCCGGCGGAAUUCCUGAUGCUCUGGCAGAUGCAUCGUCGCUGAUGCUCCUGUUUUUGGAUCAGAAUCACUUGACAGAUGGAGGAAGUGAAACAUGGAUACCCAAAUUUCAGCUGAUUCACUUGGUAUUGGGUGCCAACAAUAUCAGCGGGCUCAUUCCGCCAUGGAUAUCCACUCAAUACGACAUUAUUCUCAUAGACAUUAGCGAAAACCAACUUUGGGGUGAGCUUCCCUCAUGGGUUUCAUCUCUAGAAUAUCUUCAAUAUAUUAGCAUCGCACAAAAUAUGGUGGGUGGAGUCAUUCCGCCUGAAUUGUUCAAUUCGCAGUCCAUGGUGCUCUUGGAUUUAUCAUAG